AGCGCCACCUCAGGACGCAGAGAAGCCAGCUAGCGACUGGCUGCGACGGCGGCGGCGGCGCUGGUGGCAGUUCGCGGCGAGGGCGACUGCUCCGAGGCCGAGUGACGAUCGGGUGGAGAUCUAGGUUCCUUCCCCUGCUCGAUCUUCUUGGGAAAAGCUCGUGGUGAAUCGGGAGUCAGUAUACUGGAGAAGAACCAGAGAGCAAACAAAUCGGGUUUUGAAUUCCUUCUCUUCCACAUAAUAGCUGAAUGAAUAGGUGUGAUCAGCUGUUGUACCUUUUCCACAUUUGAAGAUGGUGAAGUUAGAUAUUCAUACCCUGGCCCAUCACCUCAAGCAGGAACGCUUGUAUGUAAACUCUGAGAAACAGCUCAUUCAGAGGCUCAAUGCAGAUGUACUCAAGACAGCGGAAAAGUUGUAUCGCACAGCAUGGAUUGCUAAACAACAGAGAAUUAACUUGGAUCGGCUUAUCAUAACCAGUGCUGAAGCUUCCCCUGCUGAAUGUUGCCAACAUGCCAAGAUUUUGGAAGAUACACAGUUUGUUGAUGGGUACAAGCAAUUGGGAUUUCAGGAGACUGCUUAUGGAGAAUUCUUGAGUCGAUUAAGGGAAAAUCCUCGUCUUAUUGCCUCCUCUCUGGUUGCUGGAGAGAAACUUAAUCAGGAGAACACACAAAGUGUUAUUUACACAGUUUUUACCUCCCUCUAUGGCAACUGCAUAAUGCAAGAAGAUGAAAGCUACCUCCUUCAGGUUUUGAGAUACUUGAUUGAAUUUGAACUUAAAGAAAGUGACAACCCCAGGCGACUUUUGAGGAGAGGAACUUGUGCCUUCAGCAUCUUAUUUAAACUUUUCUCUGAAGGACUGUUUUCUGCCAAACUUUUCCUCACAGCUACUUUACAUGAGCCUAUCAUGCAGCUGCUCGUGGAAGAUGAAGAUCAUCUGGAAACCGACCCAAAUAAGCUAAUUGAGAGGUUCUCCCCGUCUCAACAGGAAAAACUCUUUGGAGAGAAAGGCUCGGAUCGAUUCAGGCAAAAGGUUCAAGAGAUGGUGGAUUCCAACGAGGCCAAACUAGUGGCCUUGGUGAACAAAUUCAUUGGUUAUCUCAAACAGAACACAUACUGCUUCCCACACAGUUUGAGGUGGAUUGUGUCGCAGAUGUAUAAAACCCUCUCCUGUGUAGACAGACUGGAGGUCGGGGAGGUCAGGGCAAUGUGCACUGAUCUCCUGCUGGCCUACUUCAUCUGUCCCGCAGUUGUCAAUCCAGAGCAGUACGGAAUCAUUUCUGAUGCUCCUAUUAAUGAGGUGGCAAGAUUCAAUCUGAUGCAGGUUGGCCGCCUUUUGCAACAAUUAGCAAUGACUGGCUCGGAAGAGGGAGAUCCCCGGACAAAGAGCAGCCUUGGAAAAUUUGACAAAAGCUGUGUUGCUGCUUUCCUUGAUGUUGUGAUUGGGGGCCGGGCAGUGGAGACCCCUCCAAUGUCCCCUGUUAAUCUCCUGGAAGGGUUGAGCAGAACUGUGGUUUAUAUAACCUACAGUCAACUUAUUACUCUGGUGAAUUUUAUGAAGAGUGUGAUGUCUGGAGAUCAACUGAGAGAAGAUAGAAUGGCUCUCGACAAUUUAUUGGCAAACCUACCCCAGGCAAAGCCGUGGAAGAGCAGCAGUUUGGAAAUGACUCCCUACAGUACCCCUCAGCUGUCUCCAGCAACCACUCCGGCGAAUAAAAAGAAUCGAUUGCCUAUAGGACAACAGUUAGCAGCCAUCGCUGCCUGGGACCCCUCAGCCACCAAUCUCUCUGCUCAUAUUACUCUAGUAGCCCCGUUUGCGACUCGAAGCAGAAGCCGUACCAAUGUACUGAUGGACUUACAUAUGGACCAUGAAGGAUCAUCUCAAGAAACCAUCCAGGAAGUGCAGCCAGAAGAAGUGUUGGUCAUUUCCUUAGGGACAGGUCCCCAGCUGACUCCAGGGAUGAUGUCAGAAAAUGAGGUCCUAAACAUGCAGCUUUCGGAUGGAGGACAAGGAGAUGUCCCUGUCGAUGAAAACAAACUCCACGGUAAACCUGAUAAAACCUUGCGCUUUUCCCUCUGCAGUGAUAAUCUGGAAGGAAUAUCUGAAGGUCCUUCAAAUCGUUCCAAUUCAGUGUCCUCUCUAGACCUGGAAGGAGAGUCUGUAUCAGAACUUGGAGCAGGACCUUCUGGGAGUAAUGGAGUCGAAGCUCUGCAGCUGUUGGAGCAUGAGCAAGCCACAACACAAGAUAAUCUUGAUGAUAAGCUGAGGAAGUUUGAAAUCCGUGACAUGAUGGGACUGACAGAUGAUAGGGAUAUAUCAGAAACAGUGAGUGAGACCUGGAGUACGGAUGUCCUGGGAAGUGAUUUUGACCCUAACAUUGAUGAAGAUCGCUUGCAAGAGAUUGCAGGUGCAGCAGCAGAGAACAUGUUAGGCAGUUUACUGUGCCUGCCAGGUUCAGGGUCAGUACUUCUUGACCACUGCACUGGUUCUACCAUAUCAGAGACAACAAGCGAAGCUUGGAGUGUAGAGGUUUUGCCAAGUGACUCAGAGGCCCCAGACCUAAAGCAGGAGGAGCGUCUGCAGGAGCUCGAGAGCUGCUCUGGACUGGGCAGCACAUCUGAUGAUACGGAUGUCAGGGAGGUCAGUUCCCGCCCCAGCACACCAGGCCUCAGUGUUGUGUCGGGCAUAAGUGCAACCUCUGAGGAUAUUCCCAAUAAGAUUGAAGACCUGAGAUCUGAGUGCAGCUCUGACUUUGGGGGUAAAGAUUCUGUCACUAGUCCAGACAUGGACGAAGUAACUCAUGGCGCCCACCCGCUGACCUCCCCGCCUUCCCAGUCGGAGUCUCUGCUCGCCAUGUUCGACCCGCUGUCUUCCCAUGAAGGGGCUUCUGCUGUGGUAAGGCCCAAGGUUCACUAUGCCAGGCCGUCACACCCACCACCAGACCCCCCGAUCCUGGAAGGAGCUGUGGGAGGAAAUGAGGCCAGGCUGCCGAACAUUGGCUCCCACGUCUUAACGCCGGCUGAAAUGGAGGCGUUCAGGCAAAGGCAUUCCUACCCCGAGAGAUUAGUUCGCAGCCGGAGCUCUGAUAUAGUGUCUUCUGUCCGGAGACCCAUGAGUGACCCCAGCUGGAACCGACGCCCAGGGAAUGAAGAGCGAGAGCUCCCUCCAGCCGCAGCCAUUGGUGCUACUUCUUUGGUGGCUGCACCUCAUUCCUCAUCUUCAUCCCCGAGCAAGGACUCCUCGAGAGGAGAGACUGAAGAACGCAAAGAUAGCGAUGAUGAGAAAUCAGACAGGAACAGACCUUGGUGGAGAAAACGUUUUGUUUCUGCCAUGCCUAAAGCUCCUAUACCAUUUAGAAAGAAAGAAAAACAAGAAAAAGACAAAGAUGAUCUGGGGCCUGACAGAUUCUCAACACUCACAGACGACCCCAGCCCUAGACUCAGUGCCCAGGCUCAGGCCGCUGAGGACAUUCUGGACAAGUACAGGAAUGCCAUCAAACGAACCAGCCCCAGUGAAGGAGCAUUGGCCAACUACGAGACUGCAGAGGUUAUGGGUGAUGGGGAAAGUGCACACGAUUCUCCUCGAGAUGAAACACUGCAAAACAUCUCAGCCGAUGAUCUGCCGGACUCUGCGAGCCAAGCGGCCCAGCCUCAGGACUCCGCUUUCUCCUACAGAGAUGCGAAAAAGAAACUGAGGCUGGCUCUUUGCUCUGCGGACUCUGUGGCUUUCCCAGUGCUCACUCAUUCCACACGGAACGGUCUGCCCGACCACACGGACCCAGAAGACAAUGAAAUUGUGUGCUUCUUAAAAGUUCAAAUAGCUGAGGCCAUUAAUUUACAAGAUAAGAACUUAAUGGCUCAGCUGCAAGAAACAAUGCGCUGUGUGUGCCGCUUCGACAACAGGACGUGCAGGAAACUGCUGGCCUCCAUCGCCGAGGACUACAGGAAAAGGGCCCCCUAUAUUGCUUAUCUCACUCGCUGUCGACAAGGACUGCAGACCACGCAGGCUCAUCUGGAGAGGCUGCUGCAGAGGGUUUUGCGGGACAAGGAGGUGGCCAAUCGGUACUUCACCACCGUCUGUGUGAGGUUGCUGCUGGAGAGCAAAGAAAAGAAGAUCAGGGAGUUCAUUCAAGACUUCCAGAAGCUCACAGCGGCCGAUGAUAAAACCGCCCAGGUGGAAGACUUCCUGAAGUACCUCUACGGCGUGAUGGCCCAGGACGUCAUAUGGCAAAACGCGAGUGAGGAGCAGCUGCAGGACGCCCAGCUGGCCAUCGAGCGGAGCGUGAUGAAUCGGAUUUUCAAGCUCGCUUUCUACCCCAAUCAGGACGGGGACACGCUUCGUGACCAGGUCCUUCACGAGCACAUUCAGAGGUUGUCUAAAGUAGUGACUGCGAACCACCGAGCUCUUCAGAUACCCGAGGUCUACCUUCGGGAGGCACCGUGGCCGUCGGCGCAGUCGGAGAUCAGGACCAUAAGUGCUUACAAGACCCCCCGGGACAAAGUGCAGUGCAUCCUGCGCAUGUGCUCCACCAUCAUGAACCUGCUGAGCCUGGCCAACGAGGACUCCGUCCCAGGGGCGGAUGACUUUGUCCCUGUUCUGGUGUUCGUGUUGAUAAAGGCAAACCCGCCCUGCUUGCUGUCCACCGUUCAGUAUAUCAGCAGCUUCUAUGCCAGCUGCCUGACUGGCGAGGAGUCGUACUGGUGGAUGCAGUUCACCGCGGCAGUGGAGUUCAUUAAGACCAUUGAUGACCGGAAGUGACCGAGACGCAGGCCCGCCGGGACAGCAGACUGUUAGGCGGGCGGGCGGGUCUCUAGGAAAAUGUACCAGCUGCUCCGAAGGCUGAAGAUUGUUUUGUAUAAUGUUGUACAGCAUCCAGACAUUUUAAAACAGGUCUUUACUAAACAGGUUAAUGAACUAACACGCAGGUUCUCUUUUCUUCGGGCUCCUUUCCUUUCUGAGUUGCAUAUUUUAUUUUCUCGUCCCCGAGUAGAGAAUAGCAUUGCAAAAAGGGACCACAUUUUUCAGGUAUUUGAAAUACUAAAAAAACUAAGCAAAAUCUCCUAGAAAAUUUCUAGAUCUCCAUUCACGGAUAGCCGUUCUUUCCUUUUAUUUAACAAAACAGAACAGUGUGUAUCUCUCUGAAGAUGCGCUCGAACCCGCGGACGUCUGGGGGACGGGGAGCGCGGUGUGCACUGAGGGCUGUGGCGGCGGGGGCAUUCGUGGCAUUACCUAUAUACACACUCACCCAAGUCGAAAAGCUACGAAGGAAAUGUAAAUAUAAUAUAUAUUUAUAUUUGAUGUAAUAUGGACACCUUCAGAUUCUAAUAAACAAGGGAUAUUGCUGGGAGUGGAUUGUGAUGUACCCUCUUGUGAAAUGGUUUCCUUGACAAAGUUUAAGCUGAGCUUACAAUCGGAAAACAAAAAAGUGCACAGAAAUACUUAUGAAAGUGUAAUACAGUUGGUUGAACUCUCUAGUGUGGAGUGUGACGCCCAGGGCUGCCUUAGCUGCUGAGAGGUGUGAAAGCCGUGAGUAAGCCACUGGGCGUUUCUCACUGUGAACUCUCUGAGCCUGUAGCGGGGAGAGGUCGUCAGUCGCCACACAUUGCCCACGGAAGAACAGUAGAUCCCUAAUGCUUUUUUGUGGUACUUAAUCUGAAAUACUAAAUGCGGUGUAGAAACCACCAACAGAGCUCCUUACAACCUUGUAAUUGUAAUAUAUUUUUGAUGAUUCACAUUGAAUGCACAGACCAGGAAUUCAGUGAAUGUCAUUUUUUAAAAAAAACUAAUUUGUACUGCCUGCUCUAGUGAUACAAGUUUUAUUAGUGAAAACUAUUUUAACCAACCAUACUAUUCUUACGGAAAAAGAAAUCUAUUUUGUCAGAUUUCUGUGCCUUUAUUUCCCUCUUCCGAAGAAAAGUAUGUGUUUCAGUAUUUCGUUUUAUUAUAUAUGGAUAACUAAUCAGGAGUCAGUUCGGGCGUCUGAGAAUCGGCCAGGGAGGCACGUUGAAGCCUCAGGCACAAGCCUCGCACGUGGUCACCGCUGACCAGCCCCACUCUGUCUGUUUCCCGGUCGCGCUCAGCUCCCUUCUGCAGUGUGCUCCAUCCGUCCCUUGAGUCCCUCGGUGCGGACAGCACCUCCAGGCCUUCGUCAGGGGCUGUGACAGACACCUUGAGCAGGUGAGCACCAAGGACGUCUUCCCCUCUCCGAGGUCUCUGCGUCUCCUUGUGCCCAAGCAGGCUGGGUGUUCUCUACGCCCCGCCUCUCCUCCACUUACUGUAAAACGCUGGGAUUUGGAGUUGCAGAGGAGUGUGGGGUGUGGUUUCUGCCUUUUGGGGAGAGAUCAGCAUUACAGUAGUACUACAGAAUGGCCUUCUGAAUGUGUCAUGUGCUUUGUGGGGCUGUGACUGUCAAACUUGCCCAGGUAUUAGAAGUCAGAUCCCAUCGCAAAUACUUUACAAGAUAACUGUCUAACAUGCUAAGAUCUAAAAGGGAGUCCAUUUUCUUCAGCAUUUGAUUCAAUAAAUGUUAAGUCAACAGAA